GUUCUUUCUGCCCACCACUCCUCUCUCUCCCCCUCCCUCCCCCCUCUCUCUUCCUCCUCCACGACGCGCGACGGACGCGACAUCACCAUGUCCGACCUCGCCGACGUACUCAAAAUCUCCAUUCUCGGAAACGAGUCGAUCCACGUCGGCUUCCACCUCCUUCCCUACAUCUUCCGCACCAUCCUCACCACCCUCCCAUCCUCGACCUAUGCUCUGAUCACCGACACCAACCUCGCUCGUCUUUACCUCCCGGCGCUGCAGGAUGCCUAUGAGACCGCCGCAAAGGAGGCGGGCGCAAAGUCCCGCUUCCUCACGUACCAGGUCGCGCCCGGCGAGACCGCCAAGUCGCGCGAAGUCAAGGGCGAGAUCGAGGACUGGCUUCUCGACCAAAAGUGUACGCGUGACACUGUUAUCCUAGCGUUUGGCGGCGGCGUCAUCGGCGACCUCACCGGCUUCGUCGCAGCGACUUUCAUGCGCGGUGUCAAGUUCGUGCAGAUCCCUACGACGCUGCUGGCCAUGGUCGACUCGGCCGUUGGCGGAAAAACAGCCAUUGACACGCCCCACGGCAAGAACCUCAUCGGCGCGUUCUGGCAGCCGAGCUACAUUUUCGUUGACUUAUCGUUCUUGUCUACGUUGAACCAGCGCGAGUUCUCCAACGGCAUGGCCGAGGUCGUCAAGACGGCCGCUAUCUGGAAGGCGGACGACUUUGCUCUUCUCGAAUCGCGCGCCGAGGAGAUCUCGUCGGCCGUAUCCACCAAGGCGGACGGCCACGCCGGCCGCUUUGCUAAGGAUCGUUCGGUGCCCCAGACCCUCCUCCUGACCGUUGUGUGCGGCUCUAUCUACGUCAAGGCGCACAUUGUCACCAUCGACGAGCGUGAGACAGGUCUCCGCAACCUCGUCAACUUCGGUCACUCGGUCGGCCACGCCAUCGAAGCCGUACUCACCCCGACGAUUCUGCACGGGGAGUGCGUGUCGAUUGGCAUGAUCCUCGAGGCUGAGAUUGCGCGCCACAUGGGCGUCCUCUCUCAGGUCGCCGUCGGCCGCCUCACCCGCGCACUUAAGGCCUACGGGCUCCCCGUGACUGUCCACGACCCGCGCAUCGCCAAGCUCCCGGCUUCUACACAACUUACCGUCGACCGCCUCAUCGACAUUAUGCGCAUCGACAAGAAGAACUCGGGCGACCAGAAGAAGAUCGUCAUUCUUUCGCGCAUUGGCAAGACGUACGAGGAGAAGGCGACAGUCGUACCCGACGUGAUUAUCCGUAAAGUCCUCGCGGAGGCUGUUGUCGUCAAGGCGGGCGUGCCCACCAAGUCGCCAGUCACCAUGGCCACGCCAGGCUCCAAGUCAAUCUCGAACCGUGCGCUCGUCCUCGCCGCGCUCGGCAAGGGAAUGUGUCGCAUCAAGAACCUUCUGCACUCGGACGACACGGCUGUCAUGAUGAACGCCCUCUCCGAGCUCAAGGGCGCCGAGUUCUCUUGGGAGGACGGCGGCGAGACCAUCGUUGUCGAGGGUGGUGCGGGCAACCUCACGCCCCCGCCGAAGGGCAAGGAGCUGUACCUCGGCAACGCGGGCACAGCCGCGCGUUUUCUCACUACCGUCUGUGCGAUUGCGCAGACUGGAAACGACAAGCAAACUGUCAUCACGGGCAACGCGCGCAUGAAGCAGCGCCCCAUCGGCCCGCUCGUUGAUGCCCUCCGCGAGAACGGCACCGAAAUCACGUACAACGAGGCCGAGGGAUGCCUGCCCCUCGACAUUGGCGCCGACGGCCUGCGUGGUGGGCACAUCAAGCUCGCUGCCUCCGUCUCGAGCCAGUACGUCUCGUCAAUCCUCCUUUGCGCGCCCUACGCCAAGGAGGCUGUUACCCUGGAGCUCAUCGGCGGUCAGGUCAUCAGCCAGCUUUACAUUGACAUGACUAUUGCCAUGAUGGCCGAGUUCGGCGUCAAUGUCGAGCGCAAGAAGGAUGCCAGCGGCAAGCUUCUUGACGUCUACGUCAUUCCCAAGGCCGUCUACAUCAAUCCCGCCGAGUAUAACGUCGAGUCGGACGCCUCAAGCGCAACGUACCCGCUCGCUAUUGCUGCGAUCACCGGCACAACGUGCACUAUCCCCAACAUCGGCUCGAGCUCGCUCCAGGGCGACGCACGCUUCGCCAAGGAGGUCCUGGAGCCCAUGGGCUGCACGGUCGAGCAGACCGCCACCUCGACCAAGGUCACUGGCCCGCCCAUCGGUCAGCUCCGCGCCCUCGGAAACGUCGACAUGGAGCCGAUGACGGACGCGUUCCUCACUGCCUCAGUCCUCGCCGCAGUCGCAACUCUUCCACCUCUUCCUGGCCGCGAGGUCGAGGGCCUCCGCCCCGAAGGCUCGCGCAUCUACGGCAUCGCUAACCAGCGCGUCAAGGAGUGCAACCGCAUCAAGGCGAUGCGGGACGAGCUCGCCAAGUUUGGCGUCGAGACGGACGAGUUCGCAGACGGCAUCAUCGUCUACGGCAAGAAGUACGACUCGCUCAAGACCGGCGUGUCCGUACACUGCUACGACGACCACCGCGUUGCUAUGGCCCACGCUGUCCUUGCGUGUGUCGUGGACGGCACGAUUCUCGAGGAGAAGCGCUGCGUCGAGAAGACGUGGCCCAACUUCUGGGACGACCUGCAGACCAAGAUCGGCAUCGAGUUCGACGGCGUUGAGCUGGACUCGCAGGCGCAGGCCUCGACCUCGGGCACCUCGCCCAUGGAGCAUCCCGUACUGCUUAUCGGCAUGCGCGGCGCGGGCAAGACCUACAUCGGCCAGAUUGCCGCUGAGACUUUGGCUGGCGAGUACACCGACGCCGACGAUGUGUUUAUCGAGACCACGGGCCAGCACGUGUCCGAGUUCGUCGCUGAGCACGGUUGGCCCAAGUUCCGCGAGACGGAGACCACUAUUCUGUCCAAGUUCCUGCGCGAAAAGCGCGGCAACCACGUUAUCGGGCUCGGCGGUGGUGUCGUCGAGUCCGUGGCGGCUCGCAAGAUGCUGCAGAACCACAUCGCCGACGGCGGAGUCGUGGUUCACGUCACGCGCGACCUCGAGGAGCUCGAGGCCUACCUCGACCAGAUCGGCGGCACGCAGCAGCGGCCCAAGUGGGGCGAGGACUUUGCGUCCGUCUUCCGCCGCCGCGAGCCGUGGUACCACGAGUGCAGCAGCCACGAGUUUGUCAACAUCAUCAACCCCGUCGCGGACAUGACUCUGGACCAGCACCACAGAGCCAUGCGCGCCGAGUGCUCCCGCUUCUUCAAGUUCAUCACAGGGAGGAAUAACAACCGCGUUGAGGUCUCGGGGCCGAAUGCGAAGCCAUCAGCUUUCCUUUCACUCACGUUCCCGGACGUCACUCCCGCGCUGGCGAACAUGGACGUGCUCACGGAGGGCGCGGACGCGAUCGAGCUCCGCAUCGACCUUCUUACCGUGGACGGCAAGCCGCCGACCAAGCCCCAGCUCCCACCCGCAGCCUACGUGGCGAAGCAGCUUGCACACAUGCGUCUUGUGUCGUCGCUACCCGUGGUGUUUGCCGUCCGCUCGAAGGACCAGGGAGGAUGGGCACCAUCAGACGACGCGGCGGGCUACGAGACCCUCGUGCGUCAGGGGUGCCGCAUGGGUGCCGAGUACGUCGACGUUGAGCUGGCGUGGCCCGCCGACACAAUCUCGCGCAUCGUCGCCGGCAAGCGCGACAGCGCGCUCAUUGCGUCGUGGCACGACUGGACGGGCGACAUGAAGUGGGACGGGCCCGAGGUUGCGGCCAAGUACGCCGACGGCUCGCGCUUCGCUGAGGUCGUCAAGAUCGUCGGUACGGCCAAGAGCCAGGCGGACAAUGCCGCGCUCGCCAUCUUCGCGGAGCGCAAGCGUCGCGCGGGUGGUGUGCCGCUCCUUGCGAUCAACAUGGGCGCGAUGGGCCAGCUCUCGCGUGUCCUCAACCCUGUCCUCACGCCCAUCACGCACUCGGCUCUUCCUUCCCGUGCGGCGCCGGGCCAGCUUACAGCCCAGGAGGUGAUGCAGGCGCGCAGUCUGAUUGGAUUGCUGCCGUCGCGCAAGUUCUGGCUGUUCGGCUCCCCGAUUGCGGCGUCAGUCAGCCCGACUCUGCACAACACAGGCUUCAAGGUGCUGGGCUUCCCGCACGAGUACGGCCGCUGCGAGGCAGCCACGAUCACGGACGCAGUGAAGCAGGCGCUUGCCGACCCGGACUUCGGCGGUGCAAGUGUCACCAUCCCCCUCAAGCUUGAGAUCAUGCCCCUCCUGUCGGAGGUGAGCGAGCACGCGCGCACCAUCGGGGCGGUGAACACGGCGGUUGUGCGCACAGGCGCAGACGGGCAGCGCGAGCUGCACGGCGACAACACGGACUGGAUGGCGAUUGAAGAGGCUGCGCGCGCUAACCUGAACCCGGCGCUUGCUGCGGGCAAGGAGGGCCUGACGACACUCGUCAUCGGGGCGGGCGGCACGUGCCGCGCGGCGAUUUACGCACUGCACGCGCUCGGCUCGCGCUGCAUCCUCCUGUUCAACCGGACGCGCGCGAACGCCGAGAAGGUCGCGGCCUCCUUCCCGGCCUCGUACGGCCUCGUGGUCGUCGACGACCUUGCGUCGCUGCCCGCGCCGCCCGCCGUUGUGGUCUCCACGGUGCCCGGCGCAUCACUCAGCACCACCCCCGGCGAGGGCAUAUUCCUCCCCCCCUCCGUGCUCGCCGCGCGCGGCGGCGUCGCCAUCGACAUGGCGUACAAGCCGCACAAGACGGCGUUGCUCUGCGCCGCCGAGGAGGCUGGGUGGGCCGCCGUCACGGGUAUCGAGAUCCUCUGCCUGCAAGGUUUCAGGCAGUUCACGCUCUGGACAGGCAAGCCUGCGCCAAAGCAUGCCAUGCGCAAGGCGGCCAUGGAGCAGUACUUUUCGUCGUAGGGAGCUGGGGGUAGGGAACAUAUAGAAGAUAGUUGACAUGUCAAGGAUACAGUUUG